AUGUAUGAUGUGUAUAUAUAUGAUUUAUUUAUUGGUUUGUUAAUAUGUAGCAGGUUGGAGGGCAAGAUUGUGGUAAUAACAGGGGGAGCGAGCGGGAUAGGUGCUGAAGCAACGAGGCUGUUUACGGAACACGGUGCUCGAGUGGUGAUCACCGACGUACAAGACGAACUCGGUAGAAAAGUUGCCGUUUCGAUUGGAGAAGACAAAGUCAGCUACUUCCACUGUGAUGUCCGAAACGAGACUGAGGUUCAAAACGCCGUUAAGUUCACAGUCGAAAAGCACGGCAGGAUCGACGUUCUGUUCAGCAACGCCGGCGUACCAGAGCCGCUGGUAGAUAUCCGCGACCUCGACCUCGAGGCGUUCGACAGAGUCAUGGCCGUUAACGUCCGUGGCGCGGCGGCGUUCAUAAAGCACGUGGCACGUGCCAUGGUGGAGAGGAAGACACGUGGGUCAAUAGUGUGCACCACAAGCGUCGCGUCGGUAAUCGCGGGGACGGUGGUGCCUCAUGGGUACACGGCGUCGAAACAUGCGCUCGUGGGUCUGAUCAGAUCUGCCGCUGGUGACUUGGGGAAACAUGGGAUAAGGGUCAACGGAGUUGCGCCGUUUGGAGUGGCGACGCCGUUUGUGUGCGAGACUUACAAGAUGGAGGCGAGUGAGGCAGAGGAGGUCUUUAGCGAAACAGCUAAUCUCAAGGGCAUUGUGCUCAAGGCUCGACAUGUUGCGGAGGCUGCUCUGUUUCUCGCCUCUGAUGACUCUGCUUACGUUAGUGGCCAUAACCUCCUCGUCGACGGCGGAUUCAGCGUUGUUAAGCCUUGAACCAUCCUUAUUUUGGACUUUUUUUUUUUCCGACUAUAAUGCUUUAUUAAUGGAUAUCAUUGUUUACAAAAACCUCUAAAAAUCGAGGACAAGUAUGGAACAUUCUCCAUUGAUUACAUAGACUAUAAGAUUUUCUAGCUAAAGAAUCGGCCACUUUAUUAUUUGUUCUUUUGGUAUGUUGAAAUUUGCAACUAGUAAACAACGUAUACCAGUUUAGAACAGUGGACAAAUAAUGUUGAUAACGAGGCUGGAAAGCAUUAUUAUGUAUGCUUUGAUUUAUUACUAAGUUAUCGCCUUCGAAAAUGACGUUGGUGUAUCCCAAAGACUAAGAAGCUUGCAUUGCCCAUAUUAAGCUAGUAAAUUCUGAUUCUUCCAUUGUUGGGCGUCCUUCAAAUUUUCCCAUUGCUGCAUGCAGUACCACACCAUUACUAUUUCUAAUUACCCACCCCAUACCAGAUUCACGGGUGCCGGAAUGAUGGGAAGCAUCAUAAUUACAUUUAACCCAGCCAAUUGGUGGUGGUAUCCAAACUGAUGAACUGUUGUUACCAUAUAGUCGUGGUCGUGACGGGUCUUCGGUAGCUUCCUUUGAAGAAACCAUCCAUUCGAGUAGGUCAGUCUUUGCUCGUUCCAAAGUUGUACUUUCCGAAAUAAUAUUAGAACCAAAUAAAAAUUCAUUUCUACUCUU